GAGAUAUCUUGAUGAAAGCCAUCAAUGUCUUCCCAAGAACCUCGACAUGGAGCUCCAUUGUAGACUCAUUCUACAUUUCAAAGGACCUAGAGAAGAGCUCUCUAGAUGAAUUCUUUUCAACUAUGGAGCUUCAUAAGACACGAGUUGAAGGGUUAGAUGGAGAAAGAUCAAGAGGAGUAGCCCUUGUGGCAAACAAGGAAAAGGGGAAGAAGAAUAAAGCUCCAUCUCAAUCAUCUUCCGAUUCUAAGGAGUCAAGUGCCUCAAUGGAUAGCGAUCAAGAGGCAUAUAUGGUAAGGAAGAUGAGAAAAUCAUUUAAAUCCUUUUCUACUAACAAAUCUCAUGCUAAGAAAAAUUCAAGAAGCAAAAGUAGGACAAGGAAAAUCAUUUGCUACAAUUUUCAAAGAGAAGGACACAUAAGAGAUGAUUGUCCACUCUUGAAGAAGAAGGAAGGAAAGAAGGAGGAGAAGAAGACAAAAGAAAAGGGGAAGAAGGCUCACAAUCUAAAAGCAACAUGGGAUGCUCCAUCGUCAUCGGAGGAAGAAGAGCAUCAUGUGCCCCAUUUUUCUCUAAUAGGAAUUGAUGAUGUAGCCUCCACCUCAUCCAAACAAGAAGAUGGAAGGAACUCAAGUGAAGAUGAAGAAGGGAGCUCAAGUGAAGGGGGAGGUCAAACAUCGGAUUCAGACUUCUUGGUAAGUGAGGACCAUUCAUUGGACUAAACGGAUAUGGAUUGGGCCUGAUCCAUUAAAUUGAGCUUUCCUCUUGAGCUAACUCAUGUCAAACCUUCUCAUCAAAUCCCUAAUUCCUCCCUAAAACAAAACCUAAACCAAAUGCAAAUCCCGGUUCAAACCAUGAUAUAAAACCCAAAAAAAAUCGUGCAUGAAUAGUGGUUGCGCCUACUGUUCAUCGUGCCAAUGGCGAUUUCCUCUCCGUGAGCGCGCGCACAUGCCCCCAUUCCAGUGAUAAUCUCAUCUUGAGCUACAGAUCCAUAGAGGAAGAUGCAAGGAAGCUGCUAACCUAAUUUCCUGAAGCUAGAGGUUUGCCAAAGAGUUCUCGAUGGCAAGCUUUGCUGGGAUUCUGAUCUUCAUUCUCCACCCCUAUUUGAACGGUGUUGACAGCAGGAGUUCAUCAUCCAUCAUGGGGAAGCAUCAAAGAGGUCUCUCUGGUGGUUCUUGACUUGAAUCCAGUCGCCAUCAAUGCCCCAUCAACAAGCCAUUACUGAGCACAGAAUCGAAUUGCAGAUCCAGGUUUCGACAAUUCCGCGCAGAUAUGAACUUGUGCUCUUUCAGAGAGGUUUCUUUGGUCAAGAUCAGCGGGUUUCAGAUCUGAACUCAGAUCAGCUGCAUUCCCUUUUCUGCUUUUUUGGAUUUCGCAUUUGAGGUUUCAAGUGAGGACUCUUGUGUGAUGACAAGAGUUGUGAUUCAAGAAUUGGUUGUGAUUGGAAUUGGUUUAGUUUUAGUCCUGCAUUUCAUUUCUAUUUUUAGCUAGAUCUAGAACUUGUUUGUAGCACAGUUUAGUGCAUAGAUUAGUUUCUUUUCAGAAUUGUGCUUUCAAUCCCUGUUCUAUAAUGCAGAAUUUCCAGCAAGUUUCUAAUAGUGUAAUCAGUUUUCAAACUUUGAAUU